AGGACGACGACGGGGGGCUGCGAGGAGCGCGGCUGCCUCCGUCCCCUGCGAGCCCCGCGCUGUCCCCGAUGCCGGACCCGAUGCGGCCCGCUCCCGUCCUCGCUGUGCUCGGUGCGUGGGUGCCAGUUAAAAACACCCUGCAGAAGCUGCCUGCUCCCCACCGAUUCCUCCCAGUUCCUGAAACAAAAGUCACAAAGACAUCCAACAACAUUUCAUCCAGGAUUGUUAACGAAGAGUGAAUUUCCAAUGCCUGGGUAUCUUGUCUGAUUUUUGCUCUGUGCUCUUGUGCAAAAGAUGUCAGAAAACACAACCAGGAACUCAACUGACCCUCGCUCAGCUCCUCUAGGUUUGUUCCUGGGUAGCAUUUCACUGAUCACUAUUGUCAUGAAUGUAUUAGUACUAUGUGCUGUGAAAACUGAGAAGAAGUUGCAAACAGUAGGCAACCUAUACAUUGUCAGCCUCUCUAUUGCAGAUCUUAUCGUUGGUGCAGCUGUUAUGCCACUGAAUAUUGUUUAUCUCAUAAAUCGCAUGUGGAUUCUGGGCAUACCAGCCUGUUUGUUCUGGCUGUCAAUGGACUAUGUGGCUAGUACUGCAUCCAUCUUCAGUCUUUUCAUACUGUGCAUAGAUCGUUAUCGUUCAAUUCAGCAACCACUGAAAUAUCUCAAGUACAGAACGAAAAUGAGAGCAUCGCUAAUGAUUUUGGGGGCUUGGUUGCUGUCUUUCAUGUGGGUCAUCCCAAUUUUAGGCUGGCAUGUUUUUGCUAAUAAAGGGAAAAGGAAAGUGAAGGAAAGUAAGUGUGAAACUGAAUUCUCUGAAGUCACCUGGUUUAAAUUGUUGACAGCCGUUGUCAAUUUCUAUAUGCCAUCUGUCAUCAUGGUAUGGCUCUACUUUAAAAUAUUCAGGACUGUCCGAAAACAUUGUCAACACCGAGAGCUCACUGACGAAUCAUUUUGGUCUUUCUCAGAAAAUAAAAGCAUAUUUCAUAAUAAGACAAAGGAUGAGCAAAAGAUCUGCCCCCCAAAACAAAUCUUAGAUGAGAAUACACCUCCCAAAGACCAAAACAACUCCCCUCAGCUGAAAAAUAUGGAGGCAAAGCUUCAUUUAGGCAAUACCAAAAAGUCUUCAAAGGCUUUUCUUAGCAGAAGUAACAGCAAAGUUUUCCAGUGGAGACGUUUUGCUCUCACCGCUGCCCAGUCUAAGCCAGGCCUGGAUAAAGCGGGAAACAAGCGUAUAUGUAUUACAAAAGGCAAUCAGAAUGAAAAGGAGCCAUGCUCACAGGACAGUGACAUAAGCAAUGCAUCAACUGACCAGUCUUCCGCAGAGGAAGUUCCCUGUAGAGAUGACUCUGAUCCUAACCCUGAAGGAGCCUGCAGUCCUCAGGAAAAGACUGAGGACAAGGAUUUCACAGGACUUGCUUACCUGAAGAAAACAUGGCAAAGACUGCAUAAUCAUUCCAAAAGGCAUAUUCAAGGACUGCAUGUGAACAGGGAGAGGAAAGCAGCCAGGCAGUUAGGGGUCAUAAUGGCAGCCUUUAUUUUGUGCUGGAUUCCCUAUUUUGUAUUAUAUAUGGCAAUAGCUUUCCAUGGUCAUGAACAGUUUUCUGAUUUACACAUGUUCACAAUAUGGCUUGGCUAUGUGAACUCCACUUUAAAUCCAUUCCUCUAUCCUCUUUGUAAUGAGAAUUUUAAGAAGACAUUCAAAAAGAUCCUUCAUAUUCAUUGAUAGUUUAUCUUUAGAUUGAUUUUUUUAGGCAAAAAAAGAGUUUGUAAGUUCAAUCAAACAAAAUAUUCCAGUGUCCAAAGCAAACACCAUGGAUAAAGUAGGUGGCUUUGGAAAAGUGUAAUUUAUAAACAAGUGUUGGUAAAAAUAGGAAACAUGACUAUAAUAGAUUUAGCAUCCUUGAAGAGGAACUCUUUCGGAUCAGGAAUACUUAAAACUUGAGGCCAAUCUCAGAACUGUUGCACUAUUGUACACACUUUACAAUUUGUAUAGAACAAAAACUAAAAAUAGAAAUAGAGAUCUUCAGUGAUUAUAAAAUUUUCAGCUGUGGAAAAGGAAGAAAUAGAAUAUGGUUUCUGAGAUUGGCCAUAUAAUUAUGUUUUUCUUUUUUUAACUUACUGCUUUAAACAUGGGAACACAUUGCUUGUGAAGAGAGAGAUCUCUUGCAAAUGAGGUAUGUUGUAUAGACAAAGGAAUAAGCUUCAACCAUUUGAGACAAUCUAAUUUUUAGCUUCCUCCAAAUCAUACACUUUUUGGAAAUGUCAAGUCAUAUUGUAAUAUACUAUACCUCUUUGAUAUCAUGCUUCCUUUAUUCACACCAGUAUCUGUUAACUUCAAUGAAAAAAACAGAAUGUUUAUGUCCUGCAUAUUUUACUAGGACUUCCCAAACUCAGCAUACUAUCGCUGUCUAUUCAAGAAGGGUGUGCUGUUGUUACUAAACUUGAUGUAUGCAGGAGGUUAUGGACAACACAUUUUUUUUCCUUCCUGCAAGUAGGUAAGUAGUUAAGCAUGCAGUCACAAACUAAUUCAUCCUUAUGGUAGGCAAACUCUUUUUACCAUAAUGAAGCAAACUCAUCAUCAGCAACUAAAGCUUGCAAACAGGAAAUAAAAUAUAUGAAGAAUGUUUACCUUUUCUAUACUUUAUAUUUAAUUGCAUUUUAUAAAUCAUGAUGUAAAUGCUGUUACAUAUUUCAGGAGUCAUAUAGAAUAGUUUAGGUUGGAAGGGACCUCAGGAAGUCAGAUAGUACAACCUAUACUGCUCAAAGCAGGGUUAACUGACAUCAGGUCAGGUUGCUCAGGGCCUUGUUCAUAAAUUGAAUAACAUACAUCUAGAGAAAGAUUCAAACGGAAAAGCUGGAAGGCAACCUUGACUGAGAAGUUUGCAGCAAAGCCUAAUGCUACCAGUUUUGAGAAUUCACUUGCUCAGCCAUUAGUUUAACUGUUUCUAAGGACAAACAGUAAUACUCAAAAGUAGACAUGCUCUGUUGUAAAACAGGAAUCAAACACCACUCCCUAAGUGCAGUUAGAUAUAGAUUUCUUCCCAGCCAAAGGAAAAAAACAUAGUUCUUCAGCAAGAGAGUACCUCGUGGCAUAUGUCAAAAGGGCUAACUCCUCAGCAAGCUUACAAGUCACCAGUACAAUUACACCAAAGUUAAAGACAUACACAGAUUGAGGAGGGGGAAGGAAAAUUGAGGCAGAACAGAUAUCUGGCCCAGUAUUAGCUGAAUAUUUCAACACCAGGUUGUGGCACAACAGCAAAGCAUUCCUAUUCUUCUGUGAUGGAAAUAACUGAUAGAAACAUUUUGAGCAGACACUGUUGAGUUUCUGACCUUUGGGGCAACACUGCUAUGGCACUGCCUUUAUGAUGUUAGUUUUAGAAAGAAAUACCAGGAAAUUUCAACAGCCAAAGUCACAUAUGUAUAUAAUGGGGAGUUUAUGUAAGGUUUUCCAUACAUUUGGGAAAAGAUUAGUGAGACAUUUUCAAGGUUCAGUGUAAAAAUAAUGUCUUCCCGCUGCCAUUCUGUCAUGUCAAUGAAUUUACCAUUUCCAGAAUGAAUUAAGUGUAUCUUUGUGAAAUUGCUCAGUUAGCUUACCAACAAAGAUCUGAUGGAACUGAAACCCUUUUAACUGAGUACUGUCAAGUGUUUGGUUGGAUGAGUUGAAAAGAUGUUCUCUGUAGUAUACUACAUCGUAAAGAAAAAAAUGCCAUUUAAUAUUUGAAGGAGAAAUUUUGAAUUCUGGGUUCUUACUUAAGAAGUCUCUUAGCUACUUAGAAUCUCUCUGUCCCACAUGUGCCUCUUCUGUAGUGACUAUGACAUGAUGUGACACUUAGGAUAAGGUUUGCAUGAUGCUCAUAGAUUUGGGAUAUAAUAUGCAAAGUACUAUUAUUCUCUGUCAGUUUUCCACUUCUGAAUUAAACAUCUGAAUGUUACUUGCUGUAUUUAAAGAGUAGAAUAUUAAAUGAAGCCCCAGUAUCUUUGCAUUUUAAUAAAUGGAUACUUCAGUGUUUGGAAAAUACGUGGUACAGGAAUAAUGUUAAAUUCAGUCUAUUUGAGUGUAUCAGAGGUUACUUGAUUGUGAUCUGAAGUAGGAAUUACUGCAAUUAGGAAACUAAUCUAGAAAAUAUAUGGUAAAAUACACAGAAUAUUGAAGCAGCAAAAUUAAUUCAGGAAUUAAGACAACUUUUCCGCAGCAGGAGCAGCAUCUGCACAAGCAGCAAAAUACACCUUCUCUUGGAACCUUUUGACUACAAUGUAGCAUCUUUUGAAACAUAUGCUCUAAUUUAAGAGCCUCUCACAGGCUUAGAUUCACAGCUGUUCUGCUCUUUCCAUUGUGAUACACAGGAGUAAUACUAGCCAAAAGGGAUUGUAAUUUAGGUGGGUCCUGGUCCUGAAGAAAUAAAAAAGCAGCAUACUAAUUCAGCCACAGUUACCAGUUUACACUGCUUAAACAUGCUUCUCUAGGGGCUACUUAAACUUACCAAGAGUUCUAUCCUCUUGCUUACGACAGUUGCCUUUUUGGAUUUUAAAAAGUAUUAAUAUAUGAAACAGCAAUCAAAAAAAUCACUGGAAAUUGGUUUAAAAGUGAUGAAUACCAUUUCAAAGAAUACAUCUGGUAUGAUUGAAGACCUAGGCAAAUAAAGCUGCCUGAACUUUUUCUAUCUUCUUUCAUUUUUAUCCAUCAGUGUAACUGUGGUAAUAAUAAAGUCAGGAAAAGUUGUCAUAGUAAGUUCUUCUGACACAAUACAUGUAGGUAACAAUAAAAUGGGAAAAUGGGAUAUUCCUAUUUUAAACUUUCAAUGAGCAAGAUAUGUAACAGGCUUUACUGGUAUGUUUUACUGGCAUAGGCAUUCCAAAUGGCUCCGGAUAUAAGUGCAGCAGAGAAAGAUAAAAUAGGGUCUGAAAUUAAAAAGCCUACUACAAUGUGGGGCCAAGCCUCGAGAGAAUAUUGCAGGUGUGGUUUCCUGUAAAAUAUCUUCAAUGUUUUCUAGUUCAUAAACGAGGCCAAAGGUCUCGCAGCUUCAAAAGAUCAAAACAGAUUUCUUGGAAUAUGUUGUGAGGUGUGGUGAAAACAACCAAACUCACUUUUAAGAGGCAAAAAAAACAUUCUUACAAUUUUGUCUAUGUCAGUGGUGACAUCUAGUGGGUGAUGAGAUGAAUUCUGGACUUCUAUAUCAACUAUUGUGUAUCAUACAAGUUUAUUAAAAGAGAGGUGCAAUUAGCAAA